AAGAGAGCGAUUAGUUUUGGUACAUAGUUAGAGAUAUUUAAAAAGAUUUCAAUAACUCAUCAUUUCUGAUAGAGAUAAGAGCAAGCUUAACAGAAGGUUAGUUAUAGAGAAAAGUUAGCAAGGCAGGAAGUAAGGAUUGUAUCCAGAUAGAAACAAUAUAUCAAGUUAUCUUUGUCAAGCACAAGAAUGGAAAUGGCUAACGUUGAACAUGCAAGAUGGUUCCAUCCGUCCAUGUAUUUAUGCCAGGAGCCUGCGCCAAUUUUAUCUCAUGGUUUAUCACAAAGCUACACAACGGAGGGUGACCACUACUACAGCCACCCAGAUAGUGUAGCGCACAAUACAGUGACAGACAUGGGAAGGCCAGGAAUGACUGGCCAUUCUUUUCCUUCUUUAUAUCAUCCUCACUCUCCACCGGUGAACUCUUCUGAAAGCAACACAAACUGUGGAUCAAGGUUGUAUUUACCGGGCGCUGGUUGUCCGAACAGAUCACCACAUGGUAGCUUGCACCCUCCUAACCCUUGUGGGAAUCAAUCCUCCAUGUGGCAACACAUGUCUCCUGUUUCUACGGGACCGAUACUUAGUCUACCACAAUUCUCAGCUCACAUGAAAUCUGAUCAUGGGAAGGAUUCCACAAUUCCACCCGAGAUGGAUGUAUCGCCUCAUUACGCUGCUGAAGACAUUAAAUUUAAACUUGGCCAAAACAUGUCCAAUUAUUCUGGUUUUCCACCCCAAUUAUACCCACCACAUAUGAGCAGCGUCGAUUUUCCCGGAAGUGGUGUAGCGUUUGAUUUUAGCGGUAUCCCAAGAUGUCGAACAAUUAGUCGCUCAAAUUCAGGUGAAGGUAGGGAAUGCAUGAACUGCGGAGCGACAUCGACGCCUCUAUGGCGAAGAGACACAAGAGGACAUUAUCUCUGCAAUGCUUGUGGUUUGUACCACAAAAUGAAUGGAGCCAACAGACCUUUAAUUAAACCUAAAAGGAGACUGUCUCAAGCAAGACGUACUGGAAUUAUUUGUUCAAAUUGUAAAACAUCGCAAACUACACUGUGGAGGAGAAACGGAAGUGGAGAGCCGGUGUGUAAUGCUUGUGGAUUGUAUUAUAAAUUACACAAGAUAAACAGACCGUUAACUAUGAAAAAAGAUGGCAUCCAAACCCGAAAUAGAAAAUCUACAGGCAAAAGUAAAAAAUCAAAAAAAGAUGUGACGUCACUCAGUGAUGCAUUUCAACAUCAAAUGUCGUACCCUUCAUUGCAUUCGCAAACGAUAAUUCCUGAAGGAAUGUAUGGUGGAGGUGGCAUACAUGGAGGAAGCGCAGAAAUAAGAACUGUCUGCUGAAAUAUUUUUCGUUUAUUAUAAUAUUAGUUGAAAUUUUGAA